AUGACAGAAACAAAUACUGAACAUGAAAAAGAUCUUGAAAAACUUUUCAGGAUUAUUCAUAAUGUUAAAUUUGCAAUGUUAACAACAGUUAAUGAAGAUGGUACGCUUCAUAGUCGACCAAUGGUUAACAAACAAGCUGAUUCAUUUCAUGGUGAACUUUGGUUUUUCACACAACGAAGCGCACAUAAAGUUACAGAAGUAAAAAAAGGUUCAGAAGAAGUUAAUGUAUCUUAUUCAUCUCCUGAACUACAAUCAUAUGUUUCAAUUAGUGGUCAUGCUGAUUUGGUUGAUGAUAUUACAAAAAAGAAAGAUCUAUGGAAUGAUUCUCUUAAAACUUGGUUUCCAAAGGGCGUUGAAGAUCUCGAUUUAGCAUUGUUACGUAUUACUAUUGUCGAAGCCGAAUAUUGGGAUUCAUCAGCAUCGAUCAUGAAAAAAUUAUAUGGAUUAGCUAAAGCAUCUAUUUUAGGCGAUCAUUCAUCAUUAGCUGGUGAAAAUAAAAAACUUGUUUUAAGUUAA